AUGGCUGGGCAGCGACUUCGUACGGCUCGUGCCUCGGCCCCGGGUAAAAUCAUCCUCCAUGGCGAGCAUGCAGUUGUUCAUGGCACGGAGGCAGUGGCGGCAGCAUUGGACUUGCGAACAACCGUGACCGCCACGCCCACAUAUUUGGAUGGGGCCAAUUCCACUCAACUGCACCUGGUCUUGGCUGACCUGCAGCUGGACUUUAUUACCGAUCUUCGUGCCCUGGUGGAAACACCCUCAGCUGCCGGUGAGCUCAACGACCGGUUGCAUGUCCCCCUCCUCUUUCCUUGUACCAACCAUCUUGGCCAGCCACUGCAUUCUGAUCCGCGGGUGCGAUGGCGCACAGUUACGUCUUUUGCAGAGCCCGAUGCCGCCGAGCUGCAUCAGCUCCAAGCCCUGCCAAAUCUGGACCAGGGCGAGCAGGCCAUGCCUCACGACUAUCCCCAUGUUGAGGCCCGCCUGGCUUUGCUCUAUUUGACCAAGCAUAUACUACGCCGAGCUCAAAUGCAAGGCAUCCCGCUCGAUCUGAACGGAUGCCGCUUGCGAUUGGAAGUAACCUCGCGCCUACCCAUUGGUGCGGGCCUCGGUUCCUCUGCUGCUCUAUGCGUUGCCACUGCAGCAGCUCUCCUCCUGGCCGUGGGCCAUUGCCAACCAGAGGAGCUGCCCGACCAUCUGGACGAUAUCAACAGCUGGGCCCUCGUGGGCGAGCAGGUGGUUCAUGGCAAUCCCUCUGGCCUGGAUAACACCAUCAGCUCCUUUGGCCGACUCGCUGCGCCGAUAUGCGACCUCUCAAUCGGGGUGGUUUCUUGCUCGAGUCAGAUUUGUAGCCUUGCGCGAAGCCAUGGCACGACGGGCAAGCUGACGGGCGGCGGUGGUGGCGGAUGUGCCUUCAUCUUUAUCCCAUCCGCUGCUCGGGUCACAUCCUUGUACACGACUUCCUCGUCCCCGUCCUGGCGUUUGUUUUUGGCAUUUGGACUUGCGCCAUCGACCAAAGCCAUGUUUUCUUCGCGCGUGGUGCCACCCGAACACCUGAAGGAAAAGGUUCUCGAUCCCAAGAAACAGCCCAUUCGCCGCCUCAAAGCGCUGAUCGACCUGCAAAACAGUGCCGACUUUGGAACUGCGCAGUUACGGGUUUUUGUCAAGGAGCAGCGUGCCCAGAUCUACACAGUGCUUCAGCAAAGCUACGACAAGCUCAUGCCCGAGCUCAAGCAGCGCACCAUCAAGAGCCGGAGCCUCACCGAAACCCAACGCGUCAAUCUCUAUGAAUAUUUGCUGGGCGCUUUGGCGCCCGGUACCCUUGGCGAGGACCAAGCGCUCGUCCUAGAUGUUGCACCACUGUCCGACGUGGAGAUGCAGGUUCUCAUGCUUGAGACUUUUUUGCAGAAGCUGGAAACAUCGGGUCUUCAAGAAGCCCAUAUGCUGGAGACUGGGGACGUGGAGUACAAAUGUGCCCUCUUCGCCAACAUGUUUGAUGUAUUCCGCACAACGAUUGCGCCUCGCCUCUACACACUGGAUCAGGCUAUCACGGCCGAUCGGGCCACGCCCAACUUUGAUGAGCCACUCAAGUCCCCCGGGCAACUGCAGGAACCCAGUAUACGGUGUUCACAGGCUGCCCAUGAAGUCGUGGCCGGUAUUUUGGUGACUUGGUUUCAGGGCACUUCCCAACACUUUUUGGCCAUGCAACAGCUGCUGCAAACAGAUCUAGCUUUCCUGAUUCUAGUCCAGGCCAUUUUUGGCCUUGUUGCGGGCGGCGCGCGUUCUGCCAGUCAAAAACUGGACCCGGCCUCACCAAUACUCCGACGACUCAACAAUAGUAGUUUUCAGUCCGACUCCUCGCGCUCUUCUGGCAAGCGGAACGCAGGCUACAAGCAUUCAACUUCAGCUGCCGCCGUCAACGUUGACCUUCAGACGGCCGUGCUCAAGAUUUAUCAGAAUUGGCUGGCCGUCAAGAUUGUCUCUCGCGCCCCAGCAGCGCCGCGUGCCAGCACUUUUAGCCUGACCAGUCUACCAGAGGUUGACAGUGAAAGCGGGGACAGCAACAAUCCUAGUCCUUGCGUUCAACGCCGCCGUCGCACUUCCACUUUGGGCACAAAUUCUAGCGAUAGCCUGGCUUCCUCCGCCUCGUCAAGUGGGCGCGUCUUGCCCAAACCACCCACCGUUCGUAGCGGUUUGCCAACUCGAGCCGAGGCGCUUGCAGUCGCAAGUAAAACCGCAAUCCCAGGCCCGAAUUUGGCUUCUGUCUCGUCACCGACCUCAACCACGGCCCUGUCCUCAACCGCAUCCACCCCCACCCCAGCGCUUACGCCCAAAGCAAUGUCGUCUACCCAUCCCUCCACCUCACAACCGACAAGUGCAUUCUCCGCUUUGUCGCCUGUCUCAGAGGCCACAGUGACGGGUUCCACGAGUUCAGGUCCCCCGCGUCGCCCCAGCUGUGCUUCCGAGGCGUCCUCCCGCACACGCAAGAAUUCGGGUGCGGUGCCCAAGCUGAGCGUCGACGGCGCGCCUCAGGAGGACAGCUUCGGAGAAAGUCCUGGGCUGCUACCCACCACUAUUUGCUUGAGACGGGUUACAAUGAAUCUGCGCGUGCUGCCUGUCACCGUGGCUCACGUCUUCUUACGCACCAUUAUCGCCAACGUGGGCUCCCUUUUUCGGCUGUCCUACCACCAGCUGGCUGCUCGCCUGCGCCAGGCUGCGCUCAUCUAUCUUAUACAGGACGGCCUGAAUGUUUUCCAACGCAUUUGCCUUUAUCACCUGCGCAUUGCCAGCCACAAGCUCAAACUCUUCCUCCUCAAGGUGCUGCGGGACGUUCCUCGUCAUCUUCUGCAAGAUCAACACAACAGCACGGGAUCUGCCCUUUUGACCGUCAAGCGAGCCCUGGCCGGUCCGGUUUUUCGUACUGUUCUUUGUGCACACGUGCGAAUCAGUGUGCGCCACCGCCUGCCGCACGACCCCUGGCCACAGCUUCAAGCGCAGUUACACCAGUUCACCGACUGGGAACCCCUCAUCACCGAGUGGGAGAAGAUUGUGCGUGUGCUCACAGCAGCCAUCAGCACCGCCCUUCGACAGGGUACGACGGCCGAUGACGAGUCCCGUGUCCCACGCCGUCAUAGUACAACCUCCAUUGCAGGCUACGAGAAGCUGGCGCAGUCCGUCAAUGAAGCCCCUCGCGCAUCCGCCGCAUCCCCGCGUGCACUCACCCGCCAAGCGCCUGCUCUGUCCUCGCGCUCAGCUAGCCUCGCCAGCGAUACCCACCCAAAUCCAGCGCCCGAGUCUGAAAAUCAUCGUCCAGACCACUCCCAACACCAAACGGUCCAGAUUGACGCCACCUUUGCCAACCUGGCCCUCUUUCUCCGCGGACUGCAGGGGGUGGCCAAUGAGAGUCGUGAUGGAUACAGUGCUACACGGACACAUGCGACUAACCUCAUUCGCACGUGGAGCCAGGCGCUGGCUUGCCUGGGCGAUGUUAAUGCCAUCAACGUGCCCCGCAACCACGCCAACGUUAUCAAGGCACUACUCAAGGCCUACAAGGCCUUGCACCGCACAUUUGAAAUUGCGGAUCCUGACUUUCGAGGUGCCUGGAUACCUGAUUUUGCUCGAUCAGUCUAUGACUCGUUUCUCCUCAGCUCGCGCUUCGCCGAAAGCCGCUACCUCGCUGCCAAGCUGGUUUGCGACAUGCAUGUCAUCACCAACUGCCCCCAACCGCGGCUAGGCAUGAACGACUUGCAGCGUUUCUACCACUUUGUGUCUUACUGCCUGCGCUCACACAAUCGGGACCUGGUUCAUUGUGUGCUGCGCUCCUGUCGUCACAUUGUCGCUUUCAAUUGGCCCGGAGCCAGCGUCUUGUACCAGGACCUCAUCCUGGCUUGCCGCUGCGUCUUGGGGCAUGGCUUCUUCCGUCCCGAUGGUCCUACUGCCGCCAUCUUUGAGCUUGAAGAUGCCUUGCCCUCGCGCUUUGCCCAAGCCGUUCCUCGCACGGCCUGCGUGACCAUUCUGACCUCCAUGGUCCACCUUUUGCACGCCUUUGAGCCCAGCAUGCGAGUGGCCGGCUUGGGUACUUUUGAUAUGCAGGUGGGUGAGAGCAGUGGUCACACAAUGCCCUCUCCUGAUGUGGUAGGCUGGUUGGCCGGGGAUGCCAUCAGCCCACCCGCCGGUGGUGAGGCCGUGCCCGGAUUGACGGCAGGGCCAGUAGCUACGGCUGGACUCACAUCCGAUCUGGAGGCACAGGCUGCAUCGCUGCCCGCGGGCCUCAAUCGGCGUUCAAGUGAUGAGUACGAGGAGGCGACACACCGCCUGUCCGACGGCACCACGCUCUCCAACGCGCCCAUAGCGGCGGUGCGCAGCGCAGAUAGUUCACCAGCGCGUUCGCGCAGCGGUUCGGUGUCAAUUGCCGCACGUGCCUCACAGUCUCAUUCACUCCGACCUCGCUCACGCACUUCAAGCAUUGAGCAAAUUGCCGCGCACAAGCUUCUCAAGCUGGUUCAAGGUCGCCGCAUGAGCCUAUCGCAGCACGACUUGUCCGCUGAGGCCACCACCGCGGCCCAAAACAUGGCGCGCUCUUCGCGAAUUUCCGCGUCAUCAAUCCGACCUUUUAACACAGUUACCGAUGGGAACAAUGGGCCACAUGCAUUUUCGAGUGCUAAUGCCAUUGGAUCUGCGGCUGCCGCCAGGGCGGCAGUAGCCGCAGCAGCGGCAGUGGCUUCAGCCGGCUCCACCCAUCGCCCAGCGUCGGCUGGAGCCGAGGCCGAGCCGAAUGACGCGCAGAGCUUUGAACAAGAAGAUGAUAGCCUGCCUGCCAUCUCGGUCAAGUCAUCACCCAACUCAUCUGAGGCUGGUGAGCACUUGGGCGGUGAGCGCAUCCUGCAGUUGCUGUCACAGCCUGACCUCCGCCGAUUGGGCGUGGAGCCAGAAGCUCGGUUGGAGCGUCUUUCAACGCCCGAGCCAGACAUCAAUUUGAUGCAGGAGGUGCACGCGAUGCUCAGCGAGGCGCUCCGUGCGGUUGUGUUGGAUGAGAGUGAAACGACGAUUCGUCAGCUGGCCUUGCACGGUAUUUAUAACAUGUUGGUGGGUAUGCUGAGGCAAAAUUCAGCCCAGGGAGAUGAGAAUCACGUGGCGCAGUCAUGUCUUCAGAGUCUGCUGAGCGUAUUGCGCAUGGCUGAUCUGCAAGUCGUUAUCAGCGCUGCAACGCUGGUGGGUUUCUUGAGCGAACUUCAUGAGGCCGUCAUGGCGCAAUUGGGACUCACCAUGGUCCGCCAAUUGGUAACCGCGUUGUUGCGCGCAACGGCCUACUGGUUGCAUAUGACCCGACGUGGCGAGGUGGAGUUCAUGGAAGAAUGCCUGCCAGAGUUGAUUGAGGCUUUGCGUGAUUGGCUGUUGGUUGCACCCAUUGAGCUGGCUUAUGAGAUUCAACAAGGCCUCAUUUUGCUUCGUGAGGCUGCGCAGGAUCGCGUCGGGCCAGCAGUGAAUCGCCUUCAUCGGGUGGCCGUCGAUCGACGAGCAGGGAGCCGCAUGCGCAACCCAGCUCUCUCGCAAGCUCUGAGCGACUUUGAGGCUAGCGCGCACGCCAUGAGCGUUGGUAGUCCCGGAUCGGCCGCAUUUUCUGGCGCGGUUCCCUAUAGUCCGGGUGCCACCAGCCUGCCCAUGGUGUCCGAACACGGCGGUGUGGUGAGUGGGCGAAACGGAGGUGUUGCGGCCAACGGAUCCUUUUUCUCCGAUGUCGCCUCCGAUAGUGAGGUGGAUGCGUGGACCGCGCGCAAGCUGGAAAGCACUGUGGACGGAGAACCGGAAGAUGCCAGCUUUGACUCAUCCCUCAUGGCGAUGGGCGUGGAUGACUUGGCCGAUGCCUGCAUCCAACCCGAGGGCGUGGGUUUCGGGUUUGGCCCCCCAAAGCGCACAGAGUCGCACAUGCAAUUGGCCGAGCCCGAAGAACAUACGCCCACGCAUCGGCGUGGGCGCCGGCGUCACCGCAAUCGACUGCGACGUGAGGCUACUUCCGGGGAAAGCACCCCCCCGCCGCGGCACUCACCUGAAGACCGCCCGGCUCCCGAUGCCGUGUCUGCAAAUCGGGCUCCAGAGCUCGAGUUUAAGCGCGAGUACGUGCCAUUGAUGGCACUCGCUGCGCUCGUUCAGGUGCAGCACCACCGUGACAACUUUCCCUGUGUGGAGGGUGCAACUGCCGUAUCUUGGACCCCGUGCGUGCCACCGCUGCCCUUCGAUCCAAAGCAAGAAGGCGCAAACGCGGAUUAUGUUGAAUAUUUGUGCGUGGAUGAUGCCCUCAUUGUGGAGCUCCACGCUCAUGCGGACGCCUCGCACGUUGUUGUGCGUAAUUUAGCUGGGUGCUUUGCAUGGGCCGUGAAGAACGUGCUGUCGCCUCCACCUUCUCCUCGAACCUCACAACCGCGGCGAUCCAAGCUGUCUCUCAAUCUGCGCGUCGCCACGAGCGCGUCAUCCCUGCCGCCCAUCAUUGCGGAGGAAUUGGACGCGGUCCCUGACUCCAAGCACACCGCACAUGACUUGUUGUCCACUGUAACCGCACCGGCGUGGCCCCCAACGAGUGAGAGCGCGCCGGGCUCGCCGACACAGCCCGAUGCCAGUGCCAGCAGCAGUGCCAGCAGCAGCCCGGGAUUGAGACCCGAGCUGCGGGGUAGCGGCAGUCGCUGUGCCGCGCGAAGCCAUCGUUUGUCCAUCAAUGUACCUUCACUUAGCAUGACGGUUCUCGACGCUUCUCUUGACUUGCCUAUAUUUGCCGCGGACGACAAGGUGGGCACACACGAUGCGUUGGACGCGGUUCUGACCUAUUUACAUGGCAGUGAUGCUGCAGUUGAUGGUGACACGAUCGUGACCCCAACAACGGACGAUGAUGUACGGCUGAUUAAAGACUUGCGACGCCAGUGCCAGGAAGGGCUUGUUGAUGCUGCACACCGCUCCGAGGCCGCGUCUUCGGAUCUAUCUUCACCCACCGAGACGAAUGCGCCGACACGACACACCUCCAGCAGUGAUGUCCCCGGCAAGGCCUCGGCAGCAGCUCUAUGCUCUGCCCUUCUGCAGCACCUGGGACUGUGGAAUUGGACCCAGCGGGGCGGCUUGCGGCCCAUGAGCGUGAGUGAGCGAUUGAUCAAGGAUCUGCGCCACUUGGAUCAAGCGGGUGCGGUGCGCGAAACACACAAGGUGGCAGUCCUGUACGUUGGCCCAGACAUGCAGAACAAGGAGGACGUGGUUACAUGCACGGUGCCCAGCCCACGCUUUCUACAGUUUGCUGAGCAAUUGGGCUGGGGCGUGAGUGUUGAAUCCCACCAAGGCUAUCUGGGCAAGCUAGAUCCUAGCGAGUUUUCUGGAUGCCGUGCUCAUUAUUAUGCCACGGCCACGCGUGAGGUGCUAUUCCACGUGGCGCCGUUGCUGCUGCCACCAUCCCUACCCUCUAUUGCCGUGCACCAGACUUGGGACCCAGAAACGCGCAAGCAACUCUACACCAAGCUCUGGCGCCAUCUAGGCAACGACGCCGUGCACAUUGUGUGGAGUGAGGCUGAUACCUUAUACAACACGGACCUCUUGCCCACUCGAUUUGGCGAGGUGACCAUUGUGGUGUACCCAUUGUCCAACGGGCUCUUUCGAAUUCAACUGCUUUUCAAAUCGCAGAUGGCACGGCUGGUUGGUCCACUGACAGAUGGUGCUGUGGUCGAUGGACGAAGCCUAGGUCAUCUGGUUCGGGCCACGGCGAUCAACGCCGAUCGCAUCCUGCGUAUGCAGACUCUAGCUGCGCCCUUUUGCGAAGCGCGCCGGAAUUACCUCCGCCGGCUAGUCGCGGACCAUGCGCAAGAUUUAGCCUUUCCAGAUUAUGUCUCAGACGUCCUGCUCGGCCACUCAACCACCGCGACGACACAAGGAGCCGAAACUGCGUUGGCAAGCUUGCAAAUGCCUUCGCCGCGCCUUGACUCAUCUGGUGGUGGGCCAGAGCUACCAUCCAUGGCCGCGCUGUCCAAGCGCAGUCAAAGCAUGGCGCCUGGCGCGCUGGAGGCUGCUCGCCGCGCUCGCCAGGAGUUUGCUACAUCGCGUGCUUCUGAGGCUUAACGUGCUUUCGGCUUUAGUCAGAGCUUGCUUGCAGUCCCGAGCCUCCUGAGUUGGAAGCGUGCUUCUAAACUGCCUCAAAGAAAAUAAUAUUAUCAUGUAAUGUUGUGCGUUUGUUUUCUUCUUCUUCUUCUGGCGGGAGUGAGCGGCAUGAUGCGGGAGGGGUUGCUGCUGUUGUUGUAUGAGAUUCCAUGUCUGUGUUGUGUGCGUUGCCUCACCAGCAGCCUUGGCUCCGUCCC